AUGGAGGUCAACUAUGUGAAUGGGCAACCUUUUGUGCAGAACCGUGGUUUCAACUCGAACUACAGAAACCAUCCGAACAUGUCCUACAGGAGCACCAACGUCGAGAACCCUCAGGAUCAGGUCUAUCCGCCUCGAUCGAACCAGAACCAGCAGAGUUAUCAGAAGAGCUAUCCUAACAGCUUCCAGGAGAAGACCUUGCCCCAAACCAGAAUCGUUCUCAAGCAGAUGUUGAUGAACCAGCAGAAGUCCACUGCGGAGACACACUUGAAGAUAGACACCAUGUACAACGAUCUGAAUGGGAAGUACGAAGCUGUGUGGACUCACGUGAAGAAGCUGGAUGUCCAAGUAGCUCAAACCGCUGAAGCUGUGAAGAGACCUCAUGGAACCCUUCCUGGGAAAGGAGAGCAAACCCCAGGAAUGACUGCAGAGACUGCUCCAGCCAGAGCUUACACACCUAAGAUGAUUCCUGCUCUGAAGAAGUACAUGAAGGAGCUGAUAUCUGGGAAAGUAGCUGAGGAUGAGAACGUCAUGCUAGUGUCGAGGAGUGCAGCGCUGUGCUGCAGAACAAGCGAUGGGAUACACAAGUUCAAACCCACGAAAGUCUCCUUGGUUUUCGCUGACAGAUCGACUAAGUUCCCAGUCGGUAUACUUGAGGAUCUACAUGUGCAGAUAGGGAACACACUCAUUCCAGCAGACUUUGUAGUCCUCGAGCUCGACGAAGAGCCUAAGGAUCCACUGAUACUAGGGCGAAACUUCCUAUGCACAGCUGGUGCAAUCAUUGAUGUGAAGGGAGGAAUCAUUGAUCUCCAUCUGGGAGAUAUCGUCAUGAGGUUCGAGAUGAACAAACUCCUCAAGAAGCCAAUGUUAGAUGGGCAAACUUAUGUGAUUGAAGAUGGCUCAAACUUGGUGGACGAAGUGAGUGAGGAGAUGCUUCUUGACGACCCUCUGGAGGUAGCUUUGACUAAAGCUGAAGGCGAGUAUGAUUUCCUGAAUGAGGAAGCCGAUGGCUUCGGGAAGAUGAUGGAUGCGAGCGGCAAGAUGGAGAGACUGGUGGCGUUCAUGAGCUUGGAGGAUCGAUCGAACUGCCAGAUCGAUCGAAUGCACCUCAGAGAGUCCCGUCAACAGCCCUGGAGCGAGUCGAGUGCACCUAAGCUCGAGCUGAAAACACUCCCUGCGGGGCUCAGGUAUGCAUUUCUGGGACCUAACUCUACAUACCCUGUGAUAGUGAAUGCUGAGCUGAACAAUGUUGAACUUGCUUUGCUUCUCUGUGAGCUUAGGAAGUAUAGAAAAGCUAUAGGGUAUUCGCUAGAUGACAUCCCUGGAAUUUCUCCUGAUCUUUGCAUGCAUAGAAUACAUCUAGAAGAUGAAUCGAUGACUUCUGUAGAACAUCAGAGGAGGUUAAACCCGAAUCUAAAAGAUGUUGUCAAGAAAGAGAUAAUGAAACUUCUAGAUGCUGGUGUAAUUUAUGCUAUAUCUGAUAGUAAGUGGGUCAGUCCUGUGCAUGUAGUUCCUAAGAAAGGUGGUAUAACUGUUGUUAAGAAUGAUAGGAACGAGCUGAUACCCACUAGAACUGUCACUGGUCAUCGCAUGUGCAUUGAUUACCGCAAACUGAAUGCUGCAACUCGCAAAGAUCAUUUUCCUCUCCCAUUUAUUGAUCAAAUGCUUGAGAGAUUGGCUAACCAUCCAUACUACUGCUUUUUAGAUGGUUACUCAGGUUUCUUUCAGAUCCCCAUCCACCCAGACGACCAGGAGAAGACGACAUUCACAUGUCCAUAUGGCACUUAUGCAUAUCGCAGAAUGCCGUUUGGACUGUGCAAUGCACCGGCGACGUUCCAGCGCUGCAUGAUGUCUAUUUUCACUGACCUUAUUGAGGACAUAAUGGAAGUUUUCAUGGACGACUUUUCCGUCUAUGGAAGCUCCUUUGCUGUGUGUUUGUCUAAUCUGUGCAGGGUAUUGCAGCGGUGUGAGGAGAGACAUCUUGUGCUGAACUGGGAGAAAUGCCACUUCAUGGUGAGAGAUGGGAUCGUGCUGGGACAUAGGAUUUCAGAGAAGGGAAUCGAGGUCGACAGAGCGAAGAUCGAGGUGAUGAUGAGUCUACAGCCGCCUAAUUCUGUCAAGGGAAUCCGCAGCUUUCUGGGGCAUGCAGGGUUCUACAGGCGAUUCAUCAAGGACUUCUCCAAGAUCACCAGACCUUUGACGCUGCUGUUGUGUAAGGAGGUCAAGUUCGACUUUGACAGUACAUGUUGGAGGCCUUUCACACGAUCAAGGGAGCUCUGGUGA